AUGGUUGAAAAUGAAAUAGAAGAUGAUUGGGUUUUGGUGAGUUUCUUCGGACCUACUUUCUUUAAAAUUAUAUAAUUUUAGUGUGAAAUACCCGCCGAAUAUCAUGAGAAAAAUAGGAUUAUCGAUUUUUGCCUAGAGAAAGCUGAAAGUUAUUUGAAAAGUUAUGCAUUUUCGGUGCUCAAAAAUUUAUCGAUCGCAUUUUUGGUGCCAGCUGGAGUUGGAUUCAUCAUAUUCGCUGAGAAGGAAUUUGGAAUUUAUGAGAAAUUCAAAAAUUGGUUGCAAAAGGAUAACAAAAAACAUUGGAUUGACCUAGAAAACGCUGAAAAUCGUGUAGAAUUGCUGAAACAAAUCUCGAACCCCGCCAAAAUUUUUGAUCAAGUUAUCUCGAAAAAAUUCCUAGAUUCAAAUGGUUUAUUGGUUGAUGUCGAAGUUCGCAUUAAGAUACACGCCGAUCCAUUGAAAUAUGGCAAAAUACUAUGA